GUUGAGACAUGACUGCACACGACUGCGGACACAACUCCUGGCUGUGAGAGACGGAUGCGCAGCUAGUAGCGGCCGACGGAUUAGCUUGCAGCAACUGCACCCGUAGGGAAAUUGCCAUGCUACAUAGCGGCUCAUCGAGAGACACGGUGGAGUGCAGGAGGCCGCAGGUUGGAAUUCGUAGGCAAGGCGCGCGGGACGGUGCGGCUCGACCACAGAUCUCCAAUCAAGUAAUCUGCUUUAAAAAAAAAACGACCUACUCUAUGCAUGCGGGAUGAACAAAGUGUGUGAGCACAACGAUGCGCGACCAAAGGAACAAGUUAUCAAUAUUGGAGUAUGAUUUCGGAGCUCAGUUGGCCUCACAUGAGGCUCCAAUGUCACUAAACCGUGCAAUUGACAUAGCGGCUGACGCCAGUCAAUCUUGUUGCCCGACUUGGAAGUUGCAAACUGGCGGCGUCAUUUCGAGUUUCCAACGGCCGUUUGGCUGGCUUCAAUGUUAUCGAAUUUUCGCGGCCGUGGAAACGACCACGGGCUUCGGGGAUUUUCUGCGUUGCUUUUUUCGAUCGCUCCUCGUGCGAAGGAUUAAUGGCAGCACGCUAAGAACAUUUACCCCACGCUAUCACAUCGCGGCUGUUAGUUUUAGCAUCGCAGAGCUCAGGCUGUCGACACCAGGAUUCGUGCACUUCUCAUGCUCACAUUUUAGCAGUACGAUUAUCUGUGACGCGAUUAUCAGGAGAUGCAGGCAUGCCGAUAUGAGACGGCAGCAAUUGGUGCUCCAGCUGAGCGUUUCAUUGAUGUUCAUGGGACGAUCUCGCAUAUCGUCAACGGCUUCACACCACUGCCCCGGAGAAUAAUCGUACUGCGUUCCAGAGAUCUGAGUUACACAGAUCUAAAGUGAUGCUUGUCUUGCUGGCUUAGGCGUAUCCACCUGCAAGAUCUGGCAAAGCAUUGUGCAACACUGAGACAAGAGCAUGCCCUCUUGAGAACCAGGGUCCCAAGCUUCGGUUCGAAGUGCUGCGUGCAAGUUGGU